AUGUUCCGUCCUGCCGUCCGCGCGCUUGCCCGCGCGCCUACUGUCGCCCGUGGCCCGGCGAGCACCCGAUUGAUAAGCACCGGUCCGGCGCCGAAGUCGAGAAGCUGGAAGAAUACCGCUGUUCGCCUGGGUCUGGCCGCCGGAGCCGUCUACUACUACAACACCAGCAGCGUGUUCGCCCAGGAGCCAUCUUUCUCCAUCCUGAACUCUAAGAAGGAGCCCGCCGAUGAAUCUUCCCUCCCUACCCUUGACUCCAUCACCCCCAAGGCCCGUCAAGAACAGGCUGCCCGGUCUCAGCCGAAGCCUGCCGCCACAGAGGCUGAGAAGUCCGAAGAGAAGCCCCAGGGUACUGUGACUGCCCAGGAUGUCGAUGAGAUGGAUGAGUCCGCUGCAUUCAACCCCGAGACUGGUGAAAUCAACUGGGACUGCCCGUGCCUGGGCGGCAUGGCCCACGGGCCGUGCGGCGAGGAGUUUAGGGCCGCUUUUAGCUGCUUCGUGUAUUCCCAGGAGGAGCCCAAGGGCAUCGAGUGCAUUGACAAGUUCAAGGGCAUGCAAGAUUGCUUCCGCCAACACCCUGAGGUGUACGGCGCCGAGCUGGAGGACGAUGAAGUUGAGGGUGGCGCCACCCCCUCCGAACAAGCCCCCUCGGCCGCCGAGAUCGACGUCUCCUCACACCCCGAAGAGCAGCGCGCCCGCGCCAAGGAAGCCAACGCCCAGGUGAAGGCCGACAUCUCCGAGAAGGGCGAGCACGCCGAGGCUGAGGCCCUUGUUCCCAAGGCCGCCCACGACGCCGAGGACAAGAACUAA